GGCCGAGUUGGUGGUGGUGGUCCUCCAUUCUCGGAGAUCAUGUCCUCGGCAAGCAAGAACAAGGGCAAGGGCGGCAAGAACCGUCGCCGCGGCAAGGGCGAUGGCGAAGAGAACAAGCGCGAGCUCGAGUUCAAGGAAGAUGGCCAGGAGUACGCCCAGGUGCUGCGCAUGCUCGGCAACGGCCGCCUCGAAGCCUACUGCUACGACGGCGUCACGCGCCUCGGCCACAUCCGCGGCAAGAUGCGCAAGAAGGUGUGGGUCGGCGCCGGCGACAUUGUGCUCGUGAGUCUGCGCGAGUACCAGGACGGCAAGGUCGAUGUCAUCCACAAGUACAACGCCGACGAAGCGCGCAGCUUGAAGGCGUACGGCGAACUCCCGGACAACGCGCGUAUUAACGAGACCAACGUCGACAUGGAAGGCGGCGGCGACGACGACGACUGCGGCUUUGAGUUUGACGACAUUUAAAUCGCGCUAUUUUAUCGUGGACGACAAUAGAGUUUUACCUCUUGGCGUGACUCGCCCACGUAGUACGC